AAGUAGUAAUAUUUUAGAAUUAGAAUUAAAUGAGAAUUGAAGGUCAUCUUUUGAGAGAGAGGUUGCCGGAAAACUUGGAAGCGGAUCGAGAAGAAGAGGAAGAUGAUGAAGAAGAAGAUGUUUGUUUGAGCAGUGAGAUUUAUUUAUUUAUUUGCUUGCUGCUGGGUUUCUUUUCCUCCCAAUCACAACAUACAUUAUUAAUCCUGAUUUCUUAGUUCUAUUUUGAUAUGAUCCGCUAGUGCUAGCUAGUAGCAUAUAUUAUUUUGGGUUUAAUGAUUAUGAGAUGAAGAAGAAUUGAUUAGGUGAAAGAGUUGUGAGUGGGAGAUUUGAGAUAUGGAGAUGGAGAUGGAGAAUGGAAAUAAUAAUAAUAUGUUAGAAUAUGAAAAGAAGUUAGGUGUAGAUGUAGAUGUAGAUGUAGAUCAAAGAGGAGAGUCUCCUUCUCCUGCUGUUGCUGGUUGCAUUCAACACCCAGUUUCCAAGAUGGACACUUUGGCUGGCAUUGCCAUCAAGUACGGGGUUGAGGUUUCCGACAUAAAAAAGAUGAAUGGUUUGGUUACAGAUCUUCAAAUGUUUGCUCUCAAAUCUCUUCAGAUUCCUCUACCGGGAAGGCAUCCUCCGUCUCCAUGUUUAUCCAAUGGCCAUGGGAUUGGGCAAGGCAGUUCGAACCACACCCCACCUCGCCGUGUGUGCCGUGAACUGUUUGAUCCAUUCCAGACCCUAAAAGUAAAGUCUCCCCAGUGGAAGGUCUCUCCAGCCAUGAGUUCUUUACAAGGUUACUAUGGGCUUAAAACAACAGAUCAAAAAUCAACAGCUGAAGGUUUUGAAAUGGCAGUCUACAGAAAAGGAGGUUCUCAUUAUUUAGAAGAUGGGCCAUUUCCCAGUGCCUCACUAAUUUCCAACCCAUCUUUGAGCCAUCAUCGAAAAUCUAAAAGCUUGGUUACUGCUUUAUUGGAUGAGAAUGGUGUAAUAGCAGGCAUUGUGCCUGUUGCAGAAGCUAGGGAUGGUGACUCUGAUAGAUGGAGUGAGAAACUAGUCAGAAGGCAUCAGAAAUCCGAAGCUGACUUCACUUCCAACACACCAGAAAUGCUGUUGGAGAAUAACAGCAACAGUGGUGGGUUUUCUGCAAUAACGGGGAAAGGCUUAGCUUUGAGACCUAAAGCAGCAAACCGAACUACUUCAAUUAGUGAUGCUGAAGCAAGUGGGUUGAUUCCUAUACCAAUUGGUCUGGGGGAUUCUGUGAUGACUGAGGGCUUAUCUGGGGUUAGGAAGUCAUCAAGCACAUCAAGUUUGCAGGAACAGGACAACAAUAGUUCUUCAUCCAUCUGGAGUAGUACAAGGUGGAGUCUGAAGCCAGAUUUGCAGAGCCUUUCAACUGCAACCAUUACAAAACCGAUCUUUGAUGGCUUACCAAAGCCCAAGCCAAUAAUAGGUCGAAGAAACAAAGCUGCGCUUGACUAAUUCACGUAAUUUUCACUCAGGCCUUUUGAUGGGUAAAUAGAGAGACAGAGAGAAGAUAGAAAAAGUUAAAUAAGCCAAUUAAUUAAUCACAAUGUUGCAUCCAUUUUCUGUUUUCUGGAGAUGUUACAUGUCUAUUAAGGAGGCUAACAUGUAGAGCAAAGAAAUGGGCAUUAAAGAAGGAACUGUAUGUGUUUGGUUUGGAAGCAUCCCCUUCUUACGUCUUGUGUAAAGAUUUUUGCUAGAGGAUUAUCUAUAUAUAGAAUGUAUAUUAGAUUUUAGAUAUCCUCCAAUUGGAGUAAAAAAAAUUGUUUAUACAUGUAUUCUUAUAUUGUUUA